GGUUUAUUUUGCGAUGGUCAAGGGUGGGUGACAACUUGGAAUUGUUUAUGUCACUUUAUCUUCUUCUGAGACUCUCAUCAAAAUGUUCAGCUCGUGUCUAGCCCGCAGGUGUUCGAGGCUAGCAGGCCAGACCUCCUCUCAGCGUUUCCUCUUUGCACACAUUCCAUCUGGCAAAAUGUAUAUCUCCUCGACCGCAAAUAGACUAGCAGAUAAUACCAAGGAUAAAUCUACAUCCAAGACACAAACAAACGAAAACACAUCGGCGCAGAAGACAUCCACUCCGUCCAAAACGAAAAGCGUCUCGCAGGCGGACCAAGAACUCCGGGAACGCCUCGAGCAGAUGUCCGGGGACGGGGGUGCGUCCGGGAUCGAAUAUGAGGAUGGCAAGCCCACGGCCAUGAAGCGCAGCGUGCGGAACAACAUGUUCCGGUAUAUCUGAGAAGAAAGGGGUCCAACAUCCUGCUCUUCUGAUUCGUAUUCUGUUCAGGCCUGCGUCUGAGCACUAGACUGCAAGCGAGGAUGCUCUUUGAUCAGGGCUAACAUAUCUAUCUUCUUGGCCCUCUGGCUUCCCUGAAACGACGUGAUAACGAUUUUACGAGAUACCUUACUCGUGGUAAUCAAAACACAUUCUGUCAACCAUUUGUAUCCUAGUAUCCCAGUAUAGCAUGAA